AUGAGCCCGUGCGACGAACAAGAACCGAUUGCCAUUAUUGGCACAGCCUGCCGCCUGCCGGGGGAGGCGACAUCGGUGGGAAGACUUUGGGACAUGAUUAGCCAUGGCAGAAAUGCCCAUGGAAGAGUACCGUCUUCGCGGUGGGACGCAGAUGUGUGGUACCAUCCUGACCCUGAUCGUAAAGGAUCUAUUAGUGUGAAGCAUGGAUACUUCCUGGAGCAGGAUGUCUCUGUCUUUGAUGCACCCUUUUUCUCCAUGACCGCCAAGGAGGCAGCUGGAAUGGACCCAAUGAAAAGACUUCUGCUGGAAGUCAGUUACGAAGGCUUUGAGAAUGCGGGGAUUACGUUGGGCGAUCUGACGAAUUCUCAGACGGGAGUCUACGUCGGCUGUAUGACAAGCGACUAUGAGCAACUCUCAACACACGACAUUUUGGAUGUCGGAGAUGUAGCGGCAUCUGGGAUGAGCGAAGCGAUGACCGCAAAUCGAGUUUCAUGGUUUUUUGGACUUCGCGGACCUAGCCUUACACUCGACACAGCCUGCUCAUCGAGCUUAUACGCGCUGCACUUAGCUUGCCAGUCACUCAAAUUAGGCGAAACGAACAUGGGCCUGGUCGCUGGCGUUAACUUGAUUUUGCACCCCAAUUUCAUGCAUCAACUAUCCUCCAUGCAUAUGCUUAGCCCCGAGGGCAUCUCACACUCGUUCGACCACAGAGCCAAUGGUUAUGGGCGAGGUGAGGGUAUCGCGUGUAUCGUCGUCAAAAGAUUGAGAGAUGCAUUACGCGACGGCGACACCAUUCGAGCCGUUAUUCGCGGUACUGGGACCAACGCAGAUGGCAAAACACCGGGAAUAACACAACCUAGCGCUGAAGCACAGGCCGAACUCAUUCGGAGCACCUAUGAGAAGGCCGGACUAUUAUACUCAGACACGCAGUAUUUCGAAGCUCACGGCACGGGUACCCCGCUAGGAGACCCCAUUGAACUGUCAGCAAUCGGCGCAACCCUUGGCUCCGGGCGCUCGCCAGAGUCUGGCCCCCUGUACGUCGGUAGCAUCAAAGCCAAUGUGGGACACACAGAGGGCUGCUCAGGCCUUGCUGGAGUUCUGAAAUCGGUUCUUUGCUUGGAAAAGGGCAUACUCGUUCCGACAGCCGGGAUCGAAAAGGUGAACCCCAACUUGAAGCUGUCUGAGUGGAAAUUGGCUUUGCCUUUAGAAAACAUGGCUUGGCCUUCUCAAGGCCAGCGGCGCAUCAGUGUCAACUCAUUCGGGUUUGGAGGUGCCAACGCCCACGUUAUUCUCGAUGAUGCACAGAAUUACUUGAGAAACCGUGGGCUACAAGGAAAUCACACUACAACCGUUCCUGAAGAUGAUUCUUCCGAGUCUGGCAUCAGCAUGGGUUCCGACUCACCUCGCCAAGAAAACGUUAAGCGACUCUUUGCACUUAGUACGCGAGACCAGGCUGCGAUAGAACGCCUAGUUCAGUCUUACGGGGAUUUCUUGUCGAACAAGGAAGCAACUUCGAGUCCGAGAUUUCUAUCUGACUUUGCUUACACACUGUCAGAGCGACGAACUCAUCUCGAAUUUCGCAGUUUCGCCGUGGCAGAGUCCGCCAUAGACCUGCAAAACCAACUCAACAAGGGCCUGGCGAAGCCUAAAAGAGCAACGAAACACGAUAACCCGAUCUUUGUAUUCACUGGACAAGGUGCACAGUGGCCCGCGAUGGGCAAAGAGCUACUCAAUAAUUGCAUAUUCCGGACGAGCAUCCACAGGUCACAAGCCCUUCUCGAGCAUUACGGUUGCCCAUGGGACUUGAUCGACGAAAUGUCCCGGACCAACGAAUCAAAUAUUGAUCUCCCUCAGUACAGCCAAGUGCUGUGUACUGUUCUCCAGAUUGCUCUCGUUGAUUUGCUUCAAGAGUGGGGAGUGAGGCCAAGAGGAGUUGUUGGCCAUUCUAGUGGUGAGAUUGGCGCUGCAUAUGCUGCUGGCCUUCUAUCUCGCUGUAAUGCGGUAAAGAUUGCGUAUUUACGAGGCAUUUUUUCAGCAAAGGUGACCGAUGCUGUUGCACCUCGAGUAGGCGCCAUGGCAGCUGCUGGGCUAUCCCAAGAAGAGGCUGAAAGGUACAUUGAACAGGUACCAUCAGGUUCAGUCGUGGUAGCUUGCGUCAACAGCCCCUCAAGCGUAACUUUGUCCGGCGAUCAAUAUGCCGUUACGAAGUUGUGCAGCGCCAUUUCCACCGAUGGGAAGUUCGCAAGACUGCUUCGGGUCAAAACAGCCUACCAUUCACCUCACAUGGCAACAGUCGCCCACGAGUACAACAACAACAUGGGCAAUAUUAUCCCUCUGGGCGAAGCCGAACAAGUUUGUCCAAUGUUCUCCUCGCUCACUGGCGCUACCGUCACCUCCAAGGAUCUAGAUGCGUCGUACUGGAUGAAGAACAUGUGCGAGCAAGUUCGAUUCUCGCCAGCGAUGACUGCCUUACUAAACUACACGCCAGAGACUGCACAGAGUCGGGGUCGCAAUCGAUUGCAGUGGAGCGCCUUCGUCGAGAUCGGCCCUCAUGGGGCUUUGCAAAGUCCAGUGUUCGAAAUUGUAAAGGAAAGCCAGAACAAGACCGCAAAGGAGGCCCCGUAUCUCUCCGCCAUUGUCCGCAACAAGGAUGCAGAGAUGACGGCGCUACAGCUAGCCGGUCAGCUUUGGAGUUCAGGUCAUAGCAUAAACCUUUUGCGAGUGAACUGCAUCUAUCCGGAGUCUUUACCACUCUCAUUGCCCGACCUACCGUCUUAUCCUUGGAACCAUAGUAAGAGCUACUGGCAUGAGUCCGCGAUGGCUCAAUCAGCCAGAUUCCCAGGUGGUCCUCGCACCGAUCUAUUAGGGGUGUCGGUCAACCUGCAAAAUCCCAUGGAGCCCCGCUGGCGCAACUAUCUCCGUAUUGCCGAGAACCCGUGGAUCGAAGACCACAAAAUUACUGGAACCGUGCUUUACCCUGCGGCUGGCAUGAUUGUAAUGGCCUUGGAAGCUGCAUGCAAAUUACAAGACAACUCGAGGAAGCUCAAGGGCAUCGAAUUUCAAGACCUCAAAUUCGAGCGUGGUCUCGUCGUACCUGCAAGAGAACAAGGCCUCCAGACGGAAGUCAGCCUCAGACCAGACGAAGCGCUUUCAUUCACUUGGAAAUUCGCUGUUUAUUCUUUGCCAUCGAAAGGCUCGUGGACCAAGCACUGUCAUGGAACGGUGAGCCUGGAGUACGAAAACGCCGAGCAGUUUUCCGCAGCACCCUCGGAAGAGAAAUGGAGAGUCUUGACUAGCGAUUGGAACGACCUGAAACACAAAGACUCCCACGAAAUUGAAAUGGAAGACUUCUACGAUCAGCUUGAGUCUGUUGGAGUUGAGUACGGGCCGACUUUCAGAAAUGUUUUUCGAGCGGUUGCAGUGACUGGCAAGCACUGCGCCCAUGGAUGUAUCAGUAUCCCAGACACCAAGUCUUCCAUGCCUUUCGACUUUGAGUACCCCCAUCUGAUACACCCGGCAACCAUGGACGCCAUCUUCCAUCUACUCUUCAUUGCCUUUUCCGAUGGCAAGCCCUUUCAAGACGCUGCGGUUCCUUACACGUUGAAGCACAUGUACAUUGCUGCAGAUCUACCUCAGGGUGAGGGCGGUGUGUUCAGUGGUUACGCGAAGCGUCUUCGAACCAACGGCCGUGAGACCUCCGGUGACUUGAUUGUGUCUGAUGAGACCUGGAGCAGUCCGAAAUUGAUUAUCCGCGACUUUGCAUUGAGACAAGUGACAUCUUCACAAGAUUCUUCGUCUUCGAGCGAAAAGACUGAGCGAAAGGUUUGCGCAAAACUGAGAUGGAAGGAGGACAUCGACUUCGUUCGCUCAUCUGCAUCUUUUCUUAACUCGGACCAGGAUCAUUGCGGCGAAGUUGAGCUUGCUUGCGAUAAUAAGGUCUUGACGGCUCUAGCGAAAUUGCUGGAUAUGUUGCAUCAUAAGAGGCCAGGCUACGAGAUGCUUGUCGUCAUGCAAGACGCUUUGAAUAAUUCUCGUCUUUUCCUAGAAGCUGUACUCAAUAUCUUUGAGAGAGCUACACGCAGAAAAGGAAGGAAACUUCACAUCGUAACGACUUCAGAGGCGGCUGAAAGUCUUGCCAAAGAAUUGUCUUCCACCAGAUACGGAUUAUCAGAGAUUCAAACCUGGAACCCGACGUCCCAGGACGAGCCUCUGCUCUCGAGUGAAUCUUUUGACUUCAUUAUGAGCAUAAGGUCAAAUCAUCAUGACGAUGUCUCCUUUGUCCGCUCGACAUUACCCGCGCUGCGACAUCUUAUACGAUCGACGGGGUAUCUCUGCUUGGCGGAUCUGAAUCACCUCGGCUCAACACUAAGGCACGAUGAUGAGUCGAUGAUACUUACAGCAAGAAUGGAGACGAAAGUUUUCCUACGGGAUGAGAUCAGCAAAAUGACACUAGUAGUCGCAAAGAAGCCAACCCUUUCGUCACUUGACUUUUUGCCGUCUGAAGUCUUUCUGCUACACAGGCCGGAUUUCACUCCAGCAACAAAGCGUCUUCUGGACACUUUGAGUGAAAAGUUAAAGUCACUCGGCGGGAAAGUUACAUUGGCAUCAAUGUCAGAGAUAGAUCAUUUGAAAGGAAAAUGCAUCAUUUCUCUACUAGAGGUCGAUUUGCCCCUUGUUUACGACUGGGAUGCACAGAACUUUGAGGAUUUCAAGCGUCUGGUUUCCAACGCCUCCCAAAUCCUCUGGAUCACGCGUGGUGGUCUCAUACAACAUUGGAAAGAGGGGUUGGAGUUCGCACCAACACAGGGCCUUCUCAGGGUCAUGCGUACUGAAUAUUCCCAGGUCAAGUUGCCACAUCUUGAUUUGUCCAGAGCCAGUAGCCUAAGCGCGAGUAACACUGCCAGUAUCAUCUUUGAUAUCUGGUGUAACUUUGCACAAGGGGAAUCUGCUCAGAAUGACAUGGAAUACGCGGAAUUCGACGGUAGAGUGUUUGUUCCGCGGUUCGUCGAAGAUGAAAGCAUGGACGCAGAUUUACAAAAUCCAGAAAGAGUUCUCGGGUCGGAGAAGGGGACUCUGGACAGCAGAAAAAGCUUGACGCUGAUUCGACAAGGCAGCGAAUCUGUUUGGGUUAAUGAAUCGGAGUCUCCUACGCCUCUUCUUGAAGGCGAAGUUGAGAUUACUGUUGAGCUGGCGCUUGCGCAUACCACAUCAGUCUCUGAAGGUGCACCCGGCACUCUUGUUUGCUCUGCGAUUGUUGGAACAGUAACCGCGAUAUCAUCUUUGGAGAUGACAACGAGAGUUGGACAACGCGUCAUCGCGAUUCAUUCAGGGCCAUGCAGAACUAGCGUUCGCGUUCCCAUGUCGUUGGUUCGAUCGAUCUCUUCAAGUCUGCCGCCCGAAGAAGUUUUGACAACGUACUACUCAUUUUUUGCUAUUGGUUUUGCGUUAACACAGACAGCAAGACUCGAAAAUGGCCAGACUGUUCUCAUCCGUGGCAGCGACUCGCCGUUUGGCAGAGCAGCGAUCCGACGAGCACAGGGAAUUGGAGCAGAAGUUUUUGUUGCUGUGAAGACUUCCAACGCAACAGGUCUCGCUGCAACUGAGAUGGGAGUUGACCAGGCUCAUGUUCUGGAUGACGACUAUGAUUCUUGCAUGGACGAGAUCCUUCGUCAGACUCAGAAUCGGGGAGUGGAUGUUAUACUCAACUGCCUCCCUGGAGGAAUUGACCCUAACUGGGUCGAAUGUCUCUGCGACUUCGGGACUUUCAUCUCAAUGGAGCCCAGAGCAUCCGGGCUCCCUCCCAGCCUGGUUGCUUCGCGCCGCAACGCCACCUUCGUGAGCUUGGACGUGUCUCCCCUCUUUAAAUCAAAGCCGAAGCUUGCCAAACGCCUCUUUGACGAGACUUGCAAACUUCUUGAGACUGAAGACCUCAUUCCACCGGAUCCUCGAUCCGUCAAAUCGGUUUCUGAUGUUGAUGACAUAGUGUCACGGUUUGACGGUGGCGAAGCACCUAGCCACAUAGUCCUGACGUUUGACGCCCACGCCCAAGUUCUACUGCGUCAUGCCAAAUUACCUCAGCUGCAACUAGACAAACAAGGCACUUAUAUCCUCGCAGGAGGUCUUGGUGCACUAGGCCUCAAGAUUGCGGAUAUGAUGUUUGAUCAUGGCGCUGGACGUGUCGUGUUUCUCUCUCGGUCAGGAGGACAGAAUAAUUCAGCCGACCUAGAUUGCUUCCGUCAACGAGGCCUGGCCAUUGAUGCAUUGAAGUGCGAUGUAUCAGUUUCAUCUCAAGUUGAUGAGGCAAUUCGACAUCUUCAGGGGCAAGGGCGGCGCAUUCGGGGCGUGAUCCAGUGUGCAAUGGUGCUUGAAGACGCAAUCUUUGAAAAUAUGAUAUACGAUCAAUGGCAAAGGUCAACUUUGCCCAAGAUUCAGGGCACAAUGAACCUUCAUGAGUUCACUCCUCGUGACGUGGACUUCUUCAUCCUCUUAUCCUCAAUCACUUGCGUCAUUGGAAACGCCGCGCAAUCGAACUAUGCCGCAGGAAACACAUUCGAAGAUGCGUUCGCUCAUUUCCGUCGUAGCCAGGGCCUCGCUGCAACAGCAAUUGAUGUUGGACUUGUCAUCGACUCGGCUCACUUCACGGGCGGCUUUGAUAUGGACGCUUAUUUCCAGAUGUAUGAGCAUCGGUGGGAUGGUUUACAGACGACCCAGUCAGAGCUUGACGCCGUUUUGAAAGCUGCCAUGCGAGGUCGGACAGCAGACGGAAAACUCAUCGAGCCGCAGAUAGUUCUCGGCCUGGGUAGUUCAAUGCCCGUUAGUCCUUCAUCGGCAGUAUGGACCAAGGACCCGAAGUUCAGUCACCGGGAACCUCCCGCGAAACGACUUGCUCAAGCGGAGAAUACCCAGGGGGCGGUCAGUAUUGUGGAAGAAGUCCUGCGAGGCUACGCAGCACAGAUCAUGGACGUAGCAAUGACAGAAAUUGACACGGAAAAAGCUUUCUAUGACUUUGGAGUUGAUUCAUUGAAGGCCGUUGAGCUCCGGAACCGCAUCUUCCGUGAUGUGCAGAGCGAUAUAUCAGUAUUUGAGUUGUUGAGCCCCUCGCCUCUGUCCAAGUUGGCAGUAGACAUUCUAAGGAAAAGCAAGUUCACGGCUAAACAGUAG